AUGAUAAAUUUUACAGAGAUUAUUAAUGUGUCAGUCUGUUUCAUAGAACUUCACAAGAAUCCCUUCAACAGGUGUUUAUACAUAUCAAAAGACAUCAUCUUUCAGAAGGACCUCUGUCUUGCUGAUUCAUUGAUACUGACUACUUCACACAACCCGAAGAUUCUACCCAAUGCGGCCCAUAAAGCGGCUGCGGCGAUUCCUUCGGCGACACCAGGCCUACCCACUGCGGCCCGUCAAGAGACUGCGGCGAUUCCUUCAGAGACACCAGGCCUACCCACUGCGGCCUGUCAAGAGACUGCAGCGAUUCCUGAUCCAUCAAUUGAUAAUCUAUUCAUUGAUGAGGAAAUUCGACCUGAGUGUCCAUUAUUUCUCAUACUCACUAAUAAUUGGUGGAUUGACUAUGAUAUCUCCGCGAGAAUAUCUACUCUUUUAGUGCAGAAUACACUGAACUCCCUGAAACUCACAGUUGAAUCUGAUGACCCUCUGACAUCUACAAGGAAUAUCACUAUAGUAGGGGAAUCAACAGUGGGGGAAUCUUCAGUGAGAGACAGUCUUGAAGACCUACUCAUCAAUCCCGAGAUCACUGCACUUCUGAUCUCAAAAAACCUCACACACGCCAAAGCUUCCAUGGAAUGA